UCUGAAUCUUUUGCUUCUGUGUUCUUUGUUUGCUUUUUCACAUGUUUCUGAGUGAGUUAACUUCCGGCUGACGCUCGUGAUUUGCAGCGAAAGAGGCAGGAGCUAACUUUAAGUGCUAAUCCAUGCACGCCCCCUAAUGUGGCGCACCGGACUUCAUUCAAAAUCCUGCUUUUUAAGAACACAUUCGCUGAUAAAACUUCUAUUAAGAUCAAACAUGGCCCUCACCCAAGUGUCCUCGAACAAGUGCGCCGGUGGUUUCCAGAAGGUGUUCGAGCAUGAGAGCACCGAGCUUAAGUGUAAGAUGAAGUUUGCCGUCUACCUGCCUCCAAAGGCUGAGACUGGAAAGUGUCCUGUGAUGUACUGGCUCUCAGGUCUGACGUGCACGGAGCAGAACUUCAUCACCAAAGCUGGAAGUCAGGUCCCUGCUGCAGAGCACGGCAUCAUCAUCGUCGCUCCUGAUACCAGCCCACGUGGGUGUAAUAUUGAAGGCGAGGAUGAAAACUGGGAUUUCGGCACUGGAGCUGGAUUCUACGUGAACGGGCUACGACGGGACCCGUGGAAGACAAACUACCGGUACGCAUACGUCACUGAGAGCUCCCCAAAACUGAUCAACGCUAACUUCCCCACCGACCCUGACAGGAUGUCUUUCAGCGGGCACUCCAUGGGCGGACACGGAGCGCUCAUCUGUGCCCUGAAGAACCCUGGGAAAUACAAGGCGGUGUCUGCGUUUGCUCCCAUCUGCAACCCGGUGCAGUGUCCGUGGGGACAGAAGGCAUUUUCUGGAUACCUGGGCUCUGACAGAUCCACGUGGGAGGCGUACGAUGCCACCCGUGUUGGCGGACUUCGUACUCGGGUCCCUCAGCUGGACAUCCUGAUUGAUCAGGGCAGAAGCGAUCAGUUCCUGUCGGCCAGCCAGCUGCUGCCCGACAACCUGAUCGCCGUCUGCUCCGAGAAGAAGAUCCCUGUCGUCUUCAGGCUGCAGCCGGGCUAUGACCACAGCUACUUCUUCAUCUACUCCUUCAUCGAUCAUAUCAAGCAUCACGCCAAGUUCCUCAACGCCUGAACGCAGCUCUCCACCUGUAGCACACCUCACAUUGGCCAGGUGCUCUUUGACUCUAAAGCAAAAAUGUGAAUAUAAUCGGCGUUGAAAUUAAAAUCAAACUGAAGAGCACUUAACCUGAAGACCCUCUUUUUAUAUGUGAUUAAUUUAAUUUGAACCCCAGUUUUCUUGGCCUGUAAGUGUCAGACAUGAGAGGAAGUUCAUCCACAAACCUUCGGAGACCAUGUGGGUUUACCUGAGUAAGCCUUUUGUCAACAGUCAGCUGUUUUUCUGAAUAAAAAAGUCAUUUCAUUUU